UGGACCCACACUGCACCGCGCGCCAACACAAAAAAGAUGGUCGCGCCCGUGUCGAGCUGACGCCGUUGCGAGGCGAACUCCGCUUCAAACGCGCAGCAACUCUUAUAGAUUUUUUGUUUCGUUAAUCCAUUUCAUUUUAAAAGUAUCUUGCCUGGCCCGCCUACACGUCGGUACGUUUAAAAAAAAAAUCUUCAUGCAUACCGGAAUAUGAGGGAUUGAGGACGCACAUUGUGCCGUAAGUGGGAAGCGAGAAACAUCAAUAGCUGGGGGAGAGGAGGAUGAGGGUCUUUAAACGAAGACCACAGCAGCCUCCUUUUGUCCACCUGUCGAUUUACUGCAAUCCUUGGACGGGCCAAAAAAGCUAGUUGACAUGAAUAACCGAAGAAAGCGCUCGUUGCCUGUCAAGGUGGACGUGGAGAAAAGAAAAGUUCUCUGCUGGAGUUUGCAGGAUGAGCUUGUUCCUACAGCUCAGCCAGAACAAGGAGAUGCUGCUCGGUUGCAUACCGAAGACUCGGAUGCCAUUGCACAGACCUCGGACUCUGCGACGUACAGCAGCGACGUUCCCGGUCGCAGCUCAGACACUCCCGGUGGAUGCUCAUCAUCGGCUGCAUCAUCGGCUGUUCCGGCUGUCCCAGCCACUCGGCCUUCACCUCUGCGUCUCGCUGUGUAUCCCCAGCCAACAGCGCAGCAAGAAUGGAGUGCCGUUCUGCUGUCGUUUGAGCUCACGUACUCAUUUGCUGACUUUGCUGCCCAGACAACUGACCUGCCAGUGACGGUGACCCACGACCCAUGCGCUCCCUCUCAAUUGCUGUGCGAGUGCGACUCGCCGUUGGUGCGUGCCAGUGCAACGAUUGACCUGGACAUUCUGUUUGAUCUUGCCUGGCUGCAGCGAAACAAAGUCGUCACCCUUUAUCGACAACCAACACAGCCGUAUCCUUGCACCGUCACGAUCUUUGUCCACAUGUUGACAGCAGGACUGUCCCACAUUGAGAUUCUCAGUGAGGGUUACUGGAAAAUAAAAAAGGUCAACCAGCUGCUGCAAAAGCUAUUGGCACUUUCUCAUAACUUCCCAAUUCCUGAGGAGCAGCAUGAAGAGGCUGUGACAGAUGAAGCUUUGGACCUCCAGAAACAGAAUGUGGAAGCGCUGUACGACUACGUGUGGGAGGCCCACAGUUCCUUUCUUACUGGCACUGCUGACACUGCCAGUGGCACUGACAAGCAUGUGGGGGGUUGCCGGCAUGCACAAACAAACGUGCACUCUCACUCAUGUUCACUCGUGGAUGCCGACUCUGCACCUGAGACCUUGUCUCAGCUGAAUGAGCAAAUAAGUUCCCAAAGCUCGGAGGGAACCUUGUUGGUAGAGGCAGCAGCACAGAGCGAUAGCGGGAGCUCAAACGCCUGCGACAUCCAGCACCCACUGCUGGUGCCACAGCUCCGCCCUUAUCAAUGUCAGGCCGUGCAGUGGAUGCUGAAAAGGGAGCACGUUGGUCACGAUGCUUGCUCCACAGGAGGUGAAAAGAAGUUGCAUCCACUGUGGAAGGAAUUCUCAACCAUUGAUGGUCAAACAUUGUACUGCAAUUAUUAUACUGGCAGCAUCAUCAAGGAUCGUCCAGAGGCGGCUCCCGAAUGUCCAGGAGGCAUCUUGGCCGAUGAGAUGGGUCUGGGCAAAACCAUAGAGGUUCUGGCUCUUAUUCUGGCCCAUCCAAGACCUAACAUGGCAGCAACUAGCGAGCUCCUCCCCAGUGGUGUUAAAGUUAACUACUACAUUCCUCCUCCUGAGACGGAAAAAGUGAAAGAGAAAAUUAAGUCGAGUGCCGGAUCUCCUAACAAGCCAGCUGUCAGUGCAGCAGGGCUCAGGACCAUGAUCGUCGAGGCGUUCCGCAAGGCUAAGGGCCGCAAGGGCGUGUCCAUGAGCGCCUUGUAUCGCCACCUGUCGGCCUCCUGCGGCUACGACGCCGUGCAGAAGCGGAAGGCGGUGCAGAGCGCCGUGCGGGCCAUGCUGGACGCCGGCACGCUGCAGCACGUCAAGGGGCAGGGUCUCGGGGGAACCUUCCGCGUCAGCAAGAGCUACAGAGAGCCUGUCGCUGGGCUCACCAUGAGCGCGCGCAAGGCAAGGGCCGCGCCUUUGGAAAAGACAGUGACAGACGCUGCAACGUCGCCAUCUGUACCAGCAGAUGGAGAAGAGCAAAACUCCACGGGGGAUGUGGGUGCAGGUGGGGAUGCCGAGGCAGCAGAAGACAAGACAAACAUUGUUUUACGCGACGCCCCCGAUAGUGCGGGAAUUGUACCUCUGUCACCUGUGACAGAAUUGGGGAUUCCGGCGACGUUAGAUAUGCCAAGGACGGCCGAGGAAGCCGAGUUUGACGGCACAAGCCGCGAUCACAAUUACGCUCUGGGCGGAGCUAAGGUCAACAAAGGUAAUGGUGUGGCAGUGAGCGAUGUCGACAGGACACUUAAUUCCACAAAGCAGGCUGCCAACCAGGAGAGGGAGGCACCCCCUGCCAUGAAGUCAGGCGGUGGUACCGAGAUGGGCGUUCAUGUGGAGAUGGAGCCAAGGACGCCCGUGCCCAUUUUCCCCUUCAACAAGAAGGACUACCGGUUCGAGUGCGUGUGCGGCGAGCUGGGCUUGAGCGACUUCAAGCCGCGCGUGCAGUGCAUGAGCUGCGGGCUGUGGCAGCACGCCGCCUGUGUCAACUACAGCACGGCACUGCUGCAGGCGCAGGAAGGCACCGGCGCAAUUGGCGGGCGACAGCAACAGCAGCAGAAAGAGGAACAGAAGGAGGAUGAGGAGGCGGAGGGCGGUAGCAGUGGCGAGCGUCAUCUGCCAUUCCACUGCGCUCACUGCCUGGUGGCGAUGGAGCCGACCCUGUCAGGGGCCACUCUGAUUGUGUCUCCCAGCUCGAUCAGUCACCAGUGGGUGGACGAAAUCAACCGGCACAUCCGCUCCUGCACCCUGCGCGUGCUGGUGUACAACGGGGUGAAGCGUGACGGCUUUGUGCAGCCACGUAAGCUGGCGCAGCAGGACGUGGUCAUCACCACGUACGACGUGCUGCGCUCCGAGCUCAGCUACGUGGACCUGCCCUACUGCAACAGAGGAGUGGGGUCUGCAGGUGGUGUGGACAGCCUCUUGUCGUCUGAGGGCGGCCGCCGGUUCCGGCAGGGCAAGCGUUACAUGGCGCUGCCGAGCCCGCUGGUGGCCGUGCACUGGUGGAGGGUUUGCCUGGACGAGGCCCAGAUGGUGGAGCGCACAACCGCAAAGGCUGCCGAGAUGGCUCUGCGUCUCAGCUCGGUCAAUCGCUGGUGCGUGACUGGGACGCCUGUCCAGCGCGGACUGGAGGACCUGUACGGCCUGGUGCUGUUCCUGGGCGUGGAGCCGUUCUGGGUGCGCCACUGGUGGGAGCGGCUGCUCUACCGCCCGUACGUGCGUGGCGACCCCACGCCGCUCUACCGCCUCGUCUCCGCCAUCACGUGGCGCUCGUCCAAGAAGCACGUCAUCGACCAGAUUGAGCUGCCCCCGCAGACGGAGGACACGCACUGGCUCAGGUUCUCCCCUGUCGAGCAGCACUUCUACCAACGUCAACACGAGCUCUGCUCCCAGGAUGCUCUGGUCAAGCUGCGCAAGCUGCCGGACUGGUCGGUGCGGCUGAGCGCCCUGGAGCGGCGCACCGUGUCCAGUUUGCUGACCCCGCUGCUGCGGCUACGCCAGGCGUGCUGCCACCCCCAGGUGGUGCGUGGAGAGUUCCUGCCGCUGCAGAAGAGCACGAUGACCAUGGAGGAGCUGCUGUGCUCGCUGCAGAGGAAGUGCAAGACGGAGUGCGAGGAAGCGCACCGCCAGCUGGUGUGCGCUCUCAACGGCCUGGCCGGCAUCCACAUCAUUAACGGGGAGAUUGUGGAUGCCGUCGACAAGUAUAGAGAGGUGCUCCAGUCCUCCGAGGAACACAAAGAAAAACUCAAGACGGACUCUCUGCAGAGGCUGCACGCCACGCACAACCUCAUCGAACUCCUGGGCCGGCAUCGCGCCGGCAUCGCGCCCACGCUGAGGGACGAUCGGCUGCAGGAAGAGGCGGAGCAGCUGAGGCACCGCUACAUGAGCAAGUACGAAGCGGAGGUGCGGGAAGCUCACGCCGCCCUGCAGCCCGUCGCCGUCACUAUCCGAGACACCGCACACAAGGUGAACGGCGGCGCGGCGGGGGGCGUGUGGUGGCUGGACGUGAUAGCGCACGCGCUGCGCUCGGGACAGGAGGAGGAGCUGCUGUCGCGCGUGCAGAACGAGCUGUCUUCCAACACCAAGCACAUGCCGCACGCCUACUCCAUGGCGGACAAGUUCCGGGAUGCACGGGGGCUGCAGCUGCUGCUGUCGGGGCAGCUGGACGCGCUGCGCUCGGCGCGGGAGGCGGUGCGCUCCGCCGUGCGCGGGCUGGAAGCCACGCCCUCGCCGCGACUCGUGCUCUCCGCCACCGUCUGCCACCUCCGCGCUCAGCGCCUGCCCCGCAACUCGUGCCCUUUCUGCAAGGCGGAUGAGCUGUUCACAGAAUACGAAUCCAAGCUGUUCCUGCAGAACGCCAAGGGUCAGGCGGCCGUGUGGGAGGAGCUGAUCAGCGAGGAGGGCGGCUCCGUGGAGAACCUGCGCCCGGCGACGGGCCGCGGCCUGUGGGCCCUCAGCGAGACGGAGCGCGCCCUGCGGGCCCUCCUGGCCUUCGCUCGCGCAACCCGCCACCCCGCGGCCGUGCUCGAGGAGGGCGGCUACGCUAUGGAUCUCUUCGACGCCUGGAAGAAGGAGUACAAGUUGCUGCAUGAAUACUGGAUGAUGCUGCGCAAUCGUGUGUCGGCCGUGGAUGAGAUCGCCAUGGCGACAGAAAGGUUCCAGGUGCUGCAGCCGGAUGAGGAUAGGCCGGAUCCGGCACUCCCACACAUCAUCGAGCCGGGCCAGGUGGAGCAGCAGAGGAUGAAACUUUUGAACGAUAAAGCGCUCGCCGCUUCCCAGCUCCGCAAAAAACUUGGACAGAUGCUGUACCUGAGCAACCUGGAGAAGUCGCAGGACAAGUCUGGACAACUGAACCCGGAUCCCUGCCCCAUCUGUUCCCGGAAUUUUGGAAAACAGUGGGUGGUGCUGCAGUGCGGACACUGCUUCUGCAACGAAUGCACGGCCAUCCAGAUGGCGCAGUACAGCGUGGGGUCGCAGCGCUCGGCCAUCCGCUGCGCCGUGUGCCGGCACACCACGCUCCACCACGAGGUGUCCUACGUGUCCACGGUGGGGGACGGGGACCAGGCGGACGACGUCACCGUCAAGGGCAGCCACUCCACGAAGGUUGAGGCGGUCAUACGGGAGCUAAUGAAGAUUCACAUGUCGGAUCCCGAAGCCAAGUCUCUGGUCUUCUCCACGUGGCAGGACGUGCUGGACAUUAUCGGCAAGGCCCUCAAAAAGAACGGCAUCUACUUUGCACAGAUCAAUGGUAUCCACCGCUUCCAGGAGAACCUGAGUGCGUUCAAGCACGACCCGGGCACCAACGUGCUGCUGCUUCCACUUCACACGGGCUCCAACGGGCUCAACAUCAUCGAGGCCACCCACGUCAUCCUUGUGGAGCCCAUCCUCAACCCGGCCACCGAGAUGCAGGCCAUAGGCAGGGUGCACCGCAUCGGGCAGACGCGGCCAACAGUGGUGCACAGAUUUGCCGUGAAGUCCACAAUCGAGGAGAAGAUGGUGGCCAUGCUGAAAUCGGCAGAAAAGAUAUCUCUGCCUCUGAGCCGACCACAGUCGGACGCCUCCAUCUGGACCGUCACCGACCUGGCUGACCUCUUCGCCGAUGAGUAAUCGGAAGACGAUGAGCAGGCGUAAGCAACGAGACCGGCAAAGUUUUAAGGGCAGCUGUGGCGUCGCCGAAUGUGGGCCUGGCUGUCGCUUUACUUUGCCUGCAAGGCCAGAGGUUAUUUCACUUCCAAAAUAACGACCGAAGUUUUGAGUCCUAUUUUAUAUUUUAUUAAAUGUUUGCAAUAACAUUAAAGAAGAGCAAAAAAUAAUGUUAACUUCUUUUAGCUGUCAGGCACCAGGAACCCCAGGCCAUUCGGUCUGCGGUCCGCAUCAUUUACCAACCACUCGCCCCCGCUUAAAGGUGGUGGUGAAGAGAUGUUAUCUCCCUCACCUGCUACGCAGGAGGUUGUGGGUUUGAUCCUGGACCCUGACGAUUCCUGUUGUGUAGUCGGUGUCCACGUGUUCUCUCUCUCCCCGUGGUGGUCGCAUGGAGUGUUCUCUGGAUACCUCUUCAAGUUUUGCAACCCUCCCACAUGUGUGCAGAUCAUUUAGCUGCUGCGUUAAAUUCCCACACGCGAGCGAUGAUCAGCCACUUCGGUGAGCUAUCAUGUGUGGCCAGGUCGUCUCUGAAAAAUAGCUAAGAGCUGAGUGGGCUCUACCUGGUAAAAUAGAAUAGUUUAGUUUAUACAUUAGAUUAGCACAGCUCGAUUGCACAGUCUUCCCGAAAGAGCCGUCUUCAUGGGGGGGGGGCCAAUGUGUGUUUGAUUUUACGAGCGCUGAUUGUAUUCUUCCAUGAGGCAGUGCAGCCACCCUUAAAAACAAACCUUAAUUACCUUCGGUGAGUGCCGCAGUCAGUACCCCUUGCCAUUCAACCGCCGCUGUUCAGGCGGCAUUCAGUGUAUGAGGCAAUACCCACGAAUAGGUCAAGGAUAAUGACAGUGGUAGCCAAGGGAUGGAAUGCGUCUAAGCACGUUCAUCGAGGAGAUGGAGCGAUGAAACCAGCUUGUGUGCAAGCGCCACAUCCCAGGAUCGUGAAAAUUGGCGACGGCAUAGGAAAGGCCUUCAUCCAGCUGUGGAUUGAUCACGUCCGAUAAAUAAUCGCAAUUUAGUGUGUUUCAUUGAAGGAUCGGAGGUAAGCAAGUCGGGAGUAUGUGAAAAGUAUGGCAAGCAUGUGUCUUAGCUGAAUCAGUAAACGGGAGCUUCUGAAGACUGAGACACGUGUGCAGGAUAGAAGAGCGCACUUUGCCGCGACAGACACUGCGAGUGGCCCCCAGUGGUUUGCGACCAUGGGGAAGACCUAAAUGCACAUGAUGGAGGUGAUGAGACUGCACGAGGAUGCGUGUCAACUGUAUAAGGCAGGGAAGAGCCCAAUCUUAAGACGGCGGUGGUAAUGAGACGGUAAAGUUUGAGGUGUCAUUUUUACAACAACUCCAGGGUCUUACAAAAAGGAGCAGUGACGCGGUGCGAUUGCAUUCAUGGCAUUGAUCCUGAAGACCUCUUGACCUUGAAUAAUUAUUAUUAUAAUUAUUAGUACCAGUAGGUCACAAGGGAUUAUGGCAAGAGUUUACCUGUAGGUCUGUUACGGGUGUUGUCUGGGUUUUUUUGUACCAUAACUCCGUCAGUACCGUCUGAGCAUUGCGUUUCUCAUACUUGGUAUAUUGGCUGCCACGCAUUUGAUCGAGUUGAUGGGAUUUCCCAUCGACUGGAAUCGAUGUUUAGCUUUCACACGGAAGGGUUAAGGCAGUGACUGUGUGGCGACACCUGGCUGGUGUGUUGGAUGGCACGCUAAGUCCGCCUGAAUUUACGGUGGCUUUCUUGAGCAUAAUACCGUGAAGAGACUUAUGAAGCCAUCUGCUUUUUACGACCCCCGUUUUAAAUUUGCAUGGAAUGUCUUUAUAGAGAGGGAUUUAUUUUUCUUCUCUACUUCUUACUGAGGACAUAGGACACUCUAACGCUUUGUCACAACAAGUUUUCACAUCGGGGCUACGUUAGCAGCUCUGCAGAGCAUGACAUGAAACCUCAUUUUUUAAUUGUCAUGUUUGUAUUGUUUAAUAAUUUGCACUAUCGCGGCUCUCCGUUACACAAAAAUAGAUUAACUUAAAUCACAUGGGUGGGCGGUCAAAUUCAGCCGUAUAUUAAUCCUGGUGCCUCCAGCAAUCUGAAACUAAAAGGGCAUCCGUCAAAAGACAUUUCCACAAAUGCAUUGGCAGGGCAUCCGACAGAUGGUCACGGAGAUGGGAGGGUGUGCUCAUUGAUCCUCUCCGCAUGCAACACUGCUGCUGCUGUUGCUGCUGCUGGAUGACUCUUAUUAUUUAUUAUUAUGAUUAUUUACCCAGAAAAGCCUCACCGAUUCUCAUGACUCUUGUUUUUCAGGAGGGUCCAAAUUUUUUCAGUCCGGCGAGGGGGGUGGGGGGCGGGAGGCUAUGAUUGAUGUGUAUAAUCCUAACUGUGAGUAAUUUGCGGUGUGAUAUUUCCAAUUUGUCAAAUUUGAACCAAUACGCACACAAUGGCCUACUUCUUGCGAAUGACGUCACGGGAUCUUUGAACGUCCACAGUGAAGCAGACGGCGUGUAUUUUUACGGUUCACACACACGCUACUGCGGUAGUGACCAGGGCGGCCGCUGGAUCUGAACCGCGGACCUCCGCAAAAGGCGGGGAACGCACCUACCGCUGGAGUCACGUCACCAGCCCCAACUCCCCAGCCAGAACGGCUUGCAGCUCACGGCACCCAACCACUCGCUGCCGGGGUCGCGAACCCCGGAGUCACGUCACCACCCCAACUCCUGAGCAGGACUGGCUUUCAGUUCACAGCACCCAACCACGCAUUGCUGGGGUCGCCUCACCGUACUGAGUGACGUCACCGUACUGCUGGGGUCGCGAACCCCGGGGUCACGUCACCCCGCCCCAACUCCCGAGCCGGACCGGCUUUCAGCUCACGGCACCCAACCAUCUUGACUCCCCAAGGAAGGGCGCGAAUGCCGUACUUUAGGCGCAAGUGUGACCUUUUCAGAACGGGGCUGUUUGGCGGUUUGCCGCGAGGCAAUGACGUCCGGGUGCGUUAUUGCUUGUCCACGCAUUAACUCGCAAGACGAAGCACCUGCUGCUAUGGCAAUGCGCACACUAAAAUUGAAACUCGCAGACGGGCACGUGUGUAUGUGUGUGCAGUGCAUGUGGGAGAUUAUAUUGUGUAACUGGCUUGCUAUGUAGAGCUGGAGUGCGCCUCUGAUUGGGUAGGGCCCCUAGAGAGAGUAGUUUUUUUCCCAGUAAAACGGCAGAACUGCUGCAAAUUAUCAUUCCAUAUAAUGAGCCCUUGAACAAUGUGGAUUUUCUGCGAUAUCAUUUAUUGCAGCUGUUUAUUUUUUAUAACGCGUGACGAAAUGGCAAUUGCUAAAUAGAGCACCACUUUUAGUGCUUCCCUUUUUGGGUUCGCAGUCCACGGACAUUGGUGGGGGGGGUUGAUGCCCAACAGCAACAAAGGACCAAUUGAAAAAGUCUCGGAUGGCGCAAAGACCCCAGUCAGACCUUAGCCCGGCUCUGUGUUCAAGCUCAUUGGCGUGUGCGCGCGAGUGUGACUUGUUUACGUUCUCUGCAAGCGUGCCGAGUCGCUCCCGUUGUCGUGGUUUUGUCCCUUGAUAUUUGAUAGCGAUGUGAAUGACAAUUUUUCCUUGUUUCAUUAUUAAACUUUUUAGUAUUCGUCGUG